CAGCAACGCAGGAAGGGCUAGAUUGUUCACGCGGUCAAAUCCAACAGAACAAAGCUAUCAGAGCAAGUCAGCUCCGGCUCUGGAGAAGGGAAUGUCUCAGGAAGGCAGAGUGCUCCGAACCCUGGAGGGGAGUAGAUUCUGACUGACAGGAGAGGUCCGUCCUCUGGGGAAUGUGAACCAUGCAGGUGGAUGCUGUUCUUGUGCUCUUCUGUGUUUGGCUCGCGGGUGCAGCUGGGAAGAUGGCCCUGUCGAGGGGUCACAAGCUGGAGACAUACAAACAGAGCAGACUUAUUCAGACAGCAGAUUGGAGACGAGAGAGAGAGGGAGACCUAAAUCCCCACAUCUAUUUAUGUACUACUGUUGAAUGCUGUGUACUCCUGCCCCACAACUGCCGCAGGCAGUUAAUGACUGUUUUCCCUACCGGCAGCAGUUGUAGUCAAUGUCAUUUUCAGGUCGCGAAGAGAGACCAGAAUGGAAGGAGGUGUAGGCCACAAAUCCGGAGGCCCAAUUUACAAACGAAGUCCAGACAUGACAAAAUCUCCCAUGACAAAAUCUGAGCAGCUCCUGAGAAUAGACGACCAUGAUUUCACCAUGAGGCCAGCGUUUGGAGGUCCUCCAAUACCUGUUGGAGUAGAUGUUCAGGUUGAAAGUCUGGACACCAUCUCCGAGGUGGACAUGGACUUUACCAUGACACUGUACCUGCGUCACUACUGGAAGGACGAGCGGCUGUCUUUCCCAAGCACUAACAACCAGAGCAUGACCUUUGACAGUCGCCUGGUGAAGAAGAUUUGGGUUCCUGACAUGUUCUUUGUCCACUCCAAGCGCUCUUUUAUCCACGACACCACGACUGAUAACGUCAUGCUGAGGGUUUACCCUGACGGCAACGUCCUCUACAGUCUCAGAGUCACUGUCACUGCCAUGUGCAACAUGGACCUCAGCCGCUUCCCUCUGGACACCCAAACCUGCUCACUGGAGAUUGAGAGCUAUGCGUACACUGAUGACGACCUGAUGUUGUACUGGAAGAAAGGCAACGAAUCUCUGAACACAGACGACAGAAUAUCUCUGUCCCAGUUCCUCAUCCAGAAAUUUCACACCACCACCAAGCUGGCUUUCUACAGCAGCACAGGCUGGUACAAUCGUUUGUACAUCCACUUCACCCUGCGGCGCCACAUUUUCUUCUUCCUGCUGCAGACCUACUUCCCUGCUACUCUGAUGGUCAUGCUGUCUUGGGUGUCCUUCUGGAUUGACCGCAGGGCCGUCCCCGCCAGGGUGCCACUAGGCAUCACCACAGUGCUGACCAUGUCCACCAUCAUCACCGGGGUCAACGCCUCCAUGCCGCGGGUCUCCUACAUCAAGGCAGUGGACAUUUACCUCUGGGUCAGUUUUGUCUUUGUCUUCCUGUCGGUGAUAGAGUAUGCGGCGGUCAACUACCUCUCCACCGUACAGGAGAGGAAAGAGAGGAAACUGAGGGAGAGAUUGCCUUGUACAUGUGGCAUUGGCAACCCUGAUGAGAUGAUGAUCGAUCCCCAGAUCACUGGCUAUGGGUCUAUGGACAUGAACACGACAGGUAAUUAUGGAAUGCCAGAGAAUGGCGGCCGCCAGGAGCGAAUGUUGGCCCAAGUGGCACUGAAUGACCCGCAGAUCGCAGGCCAGGUGAAACAAUCCAGAAGCUACGUGAACAUUUGGAUAGACACCCAUGCCAUAGACAAGUACUCGAGGGUUGUGUUUCCCGGAGCGUACAUCCUCUUUAACAUCAUCUACUGGUCCAUCUACUCAUAACGCGGAACGCAGAAGUAGAUCCUCUGUGAGAGUCGUCCAUGAUGAGACUCAAGGAGCUUGGCUCGUUUGUGAAAGAGCAGGAAAAUAACAUUGUAUUUAAUGCUUUUCAGACAGAGAAACUGCUCAUAAGAUGCUCGGGGACCACUACGAGUAGACAAACAGGCCAGUCGUUGUUGGUUUUGUGACUCCAUCAGAUCUAUGUGGUUUCAUGUUGUAACUAUAGUGCUGUUGGUGGAAAGACAUUUUGAUAUUGUUGACGCCUGAGGACUCACUGCACAGAGAGAUUCACAAACAUGGACCUGUGUUAUUGUGCAGUUUAACUCAGCUGCAUUUCAGUCCUCGAUGAAGUGACUCUUUGACCACCUUUUCAAUACACAGACAAAUUCCUUCUCCUUUGCUUAUGAACUAAACUUGACAAUCAAUGAAAAAAACAAAAUAUAUUUUAAGUAACAGUUCAGCUUAUUUGCCUUUGUCUGGUGUAAAGUUAGAUGAGAAGAUUGAUACCACUCUCAUAUCUGUCCGUUAAAUAUAAAGCUACAGCCAGCAGCCAGUUAGCUUAGCUUAGCACAAACAGUGUAAACAGGGGGAAACAGCUAGCCUGGUUUGCCAGAACUUCCAAAACUCAAGAAUUAACAUGUGAUAUCUUGUUUGUUUAAUCUGUACCAAAACGGAUGUGUAAAAACAAUACUUUCAGGGUUUUUUUAUGGGUUGGGUAAGUGCCAGGCUAUUUCUUUGCUGGGAAAAGUAACUUCCUGGAGUCUGCGCGAGUUUCCAACUACUCGGAGGUAAGUAAAAGAAGCCAGAAGAGACGCCGUCUCGCGUCUCUUCUGGCUGUCAGAAGAGACGCUAGCCUUAGCAUCAGCUAACUAGCGAUUGAAAAGCCAAAAAACAAACAAACAGACGCCUCAGAAAUCAUACUGAAAACACUUGGUUGGUUACAGUCAUGGGCUAAUAUUAUAGUUCAGUGUGUAGUUCUCUCUAGAUUUUCAACAAUCUAAGCGAGAAAACUACUAAAAACUUUUAAAAACGUAUAUUUGUUUACAACCGCGCUGCUUUAUGGGUAAUAGUCAGCAUCAAGUCACAAUCGAUGCUUCCUUCAAAACUGGCCGUUACUGGGGCAGCCUGAAGGCAUCUCAGGAGACAGGAAGAGAUCGCUCGAGCCGUUUCAAACAGCACUCGAUGCCUCGCUCUCCUGUUAGACACCUUCUGAGACAGCAGUUUAGCCCGUUUCGAGCACAGCCCCUGUUUCCAGUCUUUGUGCUAAGCUAAGCUAACUGUCUCCUGGCUGUGGCUUCAUAUUUACUGUACAGACAUGAGAGUGGUAUCACUCUUCCUAUCCGACUCUUGACGAGAAAGCUUAUAAGCGGCAAUUUUUUUCAAAAAUGUGUAACUAUACCUUUAAAAACCUGAUAAUAACAUUACGCUUCAAGUACUUUUGCAGCACGUUAACAUGAUUCAGUAUUUGUUACACUUUCUUGUGAUCUUUGUAUUGAUGCAGUUAUUUUGCUCUCAAGCUACUUACUGCAUUGCAUUUGUGUGAUUUGAAGUUUAGUAAAAAAGGCAAAAUAAUGCACUCUAUUAAAAUCAAACAUGUAAAAAAUA